AUGUCGCGAGCGGUUUGCAUUAACGAGUUAUUGUGUUAUUUAUUUAAUAAUUCUGACAAAAUUGACGACGCGGAAUUCAUUUACGAAAUAAUGGAUUUCUAUAAUUGUGAAGAUAUUAGAAUAGCAAAAAAAAUACUUACCAGCGAUCUAGAUGCAUUAAAUCUAGAAAAAGAUGAUAAAAUAAAGCCAAACAGUUCUGGAAAUUCUAAAAAGGACAACGUUAGUGAUUUAAUACUAACAAUAAAAACUAUUCUGAGCAACAAAAUUGAGAGCAAAUUGCCUCAGUAUGCUGCUCUCAACCUUUUUAAAAUUCCAAGCUCAAAAAAAGCUAAAUUUGAGUCAAUUCUUGACGAAAAGUUAAAAAAAUUAGAAGAACUAUUUAUUGAAGAAAGAAACAUCUUCCGAGAAAUGGUAAAUAAUGCGGCUAUUAACAAUAGCCCAAAAGUAGAAAGAAAGCAGCAAUCCGAUUGCAAGACCGAAUCGAGCAAGCAAUCUGACUGGUCAGAGAUUGUAAAACGUAAAAUUAAAAAGAGCUCAAAUGUUCAACACGUGGCGAAUGUUAAACACGUGGCGAAUGUUCAACACGUGGCGAACAUCAACAUGUUGAAAACAAAGAAAAAAACACACAACACUAACAUAGCAAAUAUGAAAACAGUUAUAGGCACCCAAACUGAUAAACAAACAAAUUUGAAAGCGAUGAAACAUUCGCCAAAAGAAAAAAAAAGCAAACGAGGCGAAGGUGUUGGUGUGUUCAUAAAGCAUGACAUCAAAUAUGUUGUAAAUGAUAACAGUGCAUUUGAUGAUGAAAAUGUCGACGUUCUCCGUGUAGACGUUGAAUCGGGGCAUGCUUAA